AGGCGCCAGGGGGUGCGGGCCCCGCGGGGCGGCCAUGGAGUGAGGCCGCGCGCGGACUCGUGCUCGGAAGGACGGACGCACCGACGGGCGGCCCCUGGCUCCGCGCGCUGGAAGAUGAACAGAGCAGAUUCACCCAAACCACCAGUUGCUCCCAAGCCGAAGGCUGCCAGUCCCCUCACGCCAGUGACGGCACCCAAAUUCCCCUCGUCACCCCGGCCCGAGAGUCUUCACAGUCCCAACUCCAUGUCCAGGGGGCCGAAACCCCCCAUUGCCCCGAAGCCCAGGCUGGCUACCCCCAGUGAGUGGAGGGCCAGCAUCUACAUGAUCAACAGCUUGAACAAAUGCAGCAAUGGGAAGCUGCCCUGCGUAGACAGGGGGCUCUACGACGAGCACCGGUCCACCCCGGAAUGCUCCGAGCCCGAGGCAGACGAGGACUACAUUGUGGCCCCCCGGGCUCCGCCAGCAGAGGACGGACCCAGGGAUGGGGGCUCCGUGGAGAAUGCAGUCACGGUGCCUCCAGAGGGCAGCGGGGGGGAGGAGUGCCAGGAGAGAGGCGAGGAGUGUGAGCAGGAAGGGGCAGUGGCUGCAGAGGACUGGGCAGCCCCGGCUGAAGCGGUGCUGAGUGUAGAGGGUGAUGGAGGCGUCACCCCCACUCCUGAGGACGUGGAGGUGGAGGACUGUGCCUGUGACUCGGGGGCAGAGGAGCAGAAGUUCACAAGUGAGGAGGAAGAGAAGCAGGUGGAAGAGCACAGUGUGUACAGCCUGGAGGACGGGGGUCCUGGGGAUGGAGAGGUGGUCCUUCCAAGCGAUAUUCUAAGUCACCUCGAUGCAGAGGAUUCAGCUGCUCGUGGUGAGGAGCCCGGGCCGCCUGUGACACCCGGGGAGUCAGAGGAGGAUGGUGAGGAAGGCCGCACCAGCACAGAACUGGGGGCACCAGAUGAGUGGUGGGCUGUGCGGGCCCGCUGAGCGGGACACUGCGAUGGCGGCGAGGAGCCCCCAGAGAACGAGGGGCUGGCCACCGGUGUCCCGGAGGCAGAGGCGGCCACAGACAGCCCUGACAUCUCCCAGGAGGCGUGUGAAGAUGCCCCAGGAGGUGGCGGCCAGGAUGGUCAGGAUGAGCCACCUGACCAGAAAGAGAAAACUGACCCAGAAGAAACAGCAGUGGUCACCCAGGAGGCGGGAGAAGACCCUCAAGAAGGCGAGGACCCUGUGCAGGAUGAAGGAGCCGAGGAGAGCUGCCAGAUCAUUCCUUUCGAGAGAGACUUUGUGGACGACUUUGUGGCUCCACUCUCAGGACGUCCCUACGAGUUCUUCCCAAGCGAGAGCACCUCUUUCUGUAGCGAGAGCUGCUCUCCUUAUUCCGAGUCAGCACAAAGCUUAGAGUCAGAGCAGGAGCCGCGGUCGGGGGAACGUGCGGAGCAGGACACCGUGGCUGGGCCUGGAUGUGGCCGGCGUGGCUCCCUGCAGGGUGGCGCCCGGGAGGGACCCUCUGUCCCUGACGUGGUGGUCAUGCCAGAGGAGGAGGAUGCCACGGACGACGCGCUCGCCAACCCCUAUGAGAUGGGAGUUGGCCUGGCAUGCGGGGCAGACCCUGGGGAGGGGGAGAAGCCUGAGGCACAGGCUGCCUUGGACACCGCGAGUGGCUGUGGAUUGAAGGAAGAGGUGAACUCUGAUGCGGAGGGCGGCCUGGUACCCAUCGACAGGAAGAAUGUCAUCACGAGGGCCAGGCCCCACUCCGGGAAGAUGGCUGGCUGUGUCCCAGAAACUGUCCCGGAAGAAACGGGACCGGAAGCUGGCUCAUCAGCCAUUGGCAUUGGGGGUGCCACCAAGGAGGCGAGGAAGGCGGUCCUGUCAUUGGAGGGGAAGUUGCUGGAUGUCGGCAGGGCCUUGCCAGCAAAGCCCAGAGCCUUCACUCUGUACCCGCGAUCGUUCUCCGUGGAAGGCCGAGAGAUCCCCGCGUCCCUGUGCCGGGAGCCCGAGGUGUGUGGCCUAGACGGCCAUGGGAUCAAGAGGAAGGACGACAACCUCUCUCUGCCCUGCAUGAUUGGCUCCUCUGGCAGCUUCUCCCAGAGGGGCCACCUCCCAUCCAGCGGCACCUCCACCCCAUCUUCCGUGGUUGACAUCCCGCCCCCUUUUGACCUGGCCUGCAUCACCAAAAAGCCCAUCACGAAGAGCUCCCCCUCGCUUCUGGUGGAGAGUGAGCCCCCGGACAAGCACACCAAGAAGAAGAAGCCGUCCUUUAAGCGGUUCCUGGCACUGACGUUUAAGAAGAAGACAGAGAGCAAGGUGCACGUGGACGUAAACGUGUCUUCGUCCAGGUCCUCCUCGGAGUCCAGCUACCAUGGGCCGGCCCGGCUCCUGGAGAUGGACCGGAGGAGCCUCAGCAACUCCCCCCAGCUCAAAGCGAGGACCGGCAAGCUCCGGGCUUGCGACUCGCCCUCCUCCCUCAUCUUCUACAGGGACGGCAAGAGGAAGGGCGUCCCCUUCAGCAGGACGGUGUCCAGGGUGGAGUCCUUCGAGGACCGCUCCCGGCCUCCUUUUCUGCCCCUGCCCCUGACCAAGCCGCGCUCCAUCUCGUUCCCCAACGCUGACACUUCGGACUACGAGAACAUCCCGGCCAUGAACUCGGACUAUGAAAAUAUCCAGAUUCCACCUCGGAGGCCCCCAAGGGCCGGGACGUUUACGAAGCUGUUUGAAGAUCAGAGCAGAGCCCUGUCCACAGCAAACGAGAAUGACGGCUACGUGGACAUGAGCAGCUUCAAUGCCUUCGAGAGCAAACAGCAGAGUGCAGACCAGGAGGCAGAAAGCGCCUACACAGAGCCCUAUAAGGUCUGUCCCAUCUCGGCGGUGGCCCCCAAGGAGGACCUCACGUCGGAUGAAGAGCGGGGAAGCUCGGAGGAGGAGGACAGUGCUCCAGGAGACCCCAGCCUCACCCACAAGGUGGACGGACAGUCCAGAGCGCACGUCAUAGCACAGGAACUGCUGUCUUCAGAGAAAGCAUACGUGGAGAUGCUCCAGCACCUACAUCUGGAUUUCCAUGGAGCUGUCAUGGGGGCCUUGGAUGAGAUGGACCAAGAGGGCAAGGACACGUUGGCCAGGGAGGAGCUGCGACGUGGCCUGAGUGAGCUCCCACCCAUCCGCGACCUUCACCAGGGGAUCCUGGAGGAGCUGGAGGAGAGGCUGUCACACUGGGAGAGCCAGCAGAAGGUGGCUGAUGUCUUCCUGGCCCGGGAGCAGGAGUUUGAGCACCACGCCGCUCACAUCCAGCAGUUUGAUAGGUACCUGAGUCUGCUGGGUGAGAACUGCCUCCAUGCCCCCCGGCUAGCAGCUGCCGUCCGAGAAUUUGAGCAGAGUCAGCAAGGAGGUGGCCAGAAUGUGAAGCACCGGCUGCUGAGGGUGGUUCAGCGCCUGUUCCAGUACCAAGUGCUCCUCACAGACUAUUUGAAUAACCUUUGCCCGGACUCGGCUGAGUACGAUAACACGCAGGGUGCGCUGAGCCUCAUCUCCAAGGUCACAGACCGUGCCAAUGACAGCAUGGAGCAAGGGGAAAACCUACAGAAGCUGGUCCACAUUGAGCACAGCGUUCGGGGCCAAGGGGAUCUCCUCCAGCCAGGAAGGGAGUUUCUGAAGGAAGGAACACUGAUGAAAGUAACAGGGAAAAACAGACGCCCCCGACACCUGUUUCUGAUGAGUGAUGUGCUCCUGUACACGUAUCCCCAGAAGGAUGGGAAGUACCGGCUGAAGAACGCAUUGGCGGUGGCCAGCAUGAAGGUCAGCCGCCCUGUGAUGGAGAAAGUGCCCUAUGCCCUGAAGAUCGAGACUUCCGAGUCCUGCCUGACCCUGUCUGCAAGCUCCUGUGCAGAGAGGGACGAGUGGCACAGCUGUCUGAGCAGAGCCCUCCCUGAGGACUACAAGGCCCAGGCCCUGGCUGCCUUCCAGCAUAGCGUGGAGAUACGGGAGAGGCUGGGGGUCAGCCUGGGGGAGAGGCCCCCGACCCUAGUGCCUGUCACACACGUGAUGAUGUGCAUGAACUGCGGCUGUGACUUUUCCCUCACCCUGAGGCGCCACCACUGCCACGCCUGCGGCAAGAUCGUCUGCCGGAACUGCUCAAGGAACAAGUACCCUCUGAAGUACCUCAAGGACCGCAUGGCCAAGGUGUGUGACGGCUGCUACGGGGAGCUGAAGAAGAGGGGCGGGGACAUCCCAGGCCUGAUGAGAGGGCGGCCGGUGAGCAUGAGCUUCCCCCUGUCCUCCGCCCGCUUCUCGAGUAGCGCCUUCUCGUCCGUCUUCCAGAGCAUCAACCCCUCAGCCUUCAAGAAGCAGAAGAAAGUCCCUUCGGCACUGACCGAGGUGGCCGCCUCCGGAGAGGGCUCCGCCAUCAGCGGCUAUCUCAGCCGUUGUAAGAAAGGGAAGAGGCACUGGAAGAAGCUCUGGUUUGUCAUCAAAGGCAAAGUGCUCUACACCUACAUGGCCAGUGAGGACACAGUGGCCUUGGAGAGCAUGCCCCUCCUAGGUUUCACCAUUGCGCCAGAAAAGGAGGAGGGCAGCAGCGAAGUAGGACCUAUUUUUCACCUUUACCACAAGAAAACCCUAUUUUAUAGCUUCAAAGCAGAGGAUACCAACUCGGCUCAGAGGUGGAUCGAAGCCAUGGAAGAUGCAAGUGUGUUAUAGCAGUUAUCAAGCACGUGGACUCAGAGUACACUCUUAGGUUGAUGCGUGGACCCUUCCAGAAGCCAAUCUGUGUCUCCACUCAUCCGGACACACAUCUCGAUUCAGCAUGGGGCCUGACCUUGUUUGCUGUAACCCCUCUCUCACACCUUCACAAGUGGAACCCUUAAGGGAUAUUUAUGGACCUUUUCUGUCUUCGUGUUUUCCACCCCCUCCCCAGGCAUAAACUAUUUCCUUUUCCAGUAGUGAGUUAAAAUUUAGUAACAUGAAGAUGUGGAAACCAAUAGAGAAGUACAUUUUAGAAAUGCAAGCUUUUUAGUAGAAACAAGCUUUUACAAUUUUUACUCCUGGUAAACAUGAUGACCUUUCACGUUGUUGAUGUCGGUGCCUCAGGUGAAGUGAGAAACAACCAGCGAAUAACAGCUACUCUCAUCAAAAGCACUUUAUUGUUUUACUGAGCAACAACCUCCAGUUUUAUUUUUUCCAAGGGAUUUACUUAAGUAAAUGGUAGAUGGAGUCCUGUGGACUAAUUUGCCACCAGUACUGGCUGUGGCGCAAGGAGGCGACACCAGGAGGGUCUCCCUUACCACGGAGGGUGCAGGGCCACGUGGCACUGGAGCACAAGGGGAGGACUCUCUCCUCCAAGUGCCCACCGACCGGCAGACCGACAGGGCUUCCGAAAGGAGGUACUCCGUCCUCCCCACGGCGGUCCCAACACCAGAGUAGUGCGGGAAACUCCGCUGCUGGCAGAUCCGGCCCCUGCCCCCGGAGGUCACUGCAGACCCUCCGAAGAGACAGGGGUCUGCUUUAAUUUAUUGUGUGCCUUCCUGAGUUUACCCCGCACAAGCUGAUGUCGUUAUGCUUGUGAGAACUAUUCUUGUUUUCGACACGGUGAUCCUUCUGCUGUAUUCCUGAAGCCUUGAAAGAGAUAAAAGGAGAGAAAACAAGAUGCAAUCAGAAGGUGAAUUCGUGGUCUUGGCCAGUGGCUCUGGACACAGUGAGGGAGCACAGAAAUAGUGGCUUGAAGAUCCUCUCUGGGCGCCUGGGGCUCAGUCACCUCCCCGCUGAUGACUGCUGCUCACGAUGCUGGACGUGUUUUUACAUAAAGCAGAGUGGUGGGGGGACUCCUUGUUACUCUCAUCGAAAUAAAAAACAAUCAUCACAUUUUCUGAUGUCCUGUCCCCAUCUUCCUGCUGCCCUGUCCCCUAAAAAAGGCAUUUGCCUGACAAACAUUUUGUAAAAAGCACCAUCUCCAGGAGUUAUUUACAUUAAAUAUUUUUAGGGGAAUUUUUUUUUUCUAGUUUGCAGUUCUUUUAAGAUGUUUGGUUAAACAUUUAAUUAAUGAUUCAAACUAAGUGAUUAGAGAGGCCUUCUUAUUAAUUUUUGAGGGCUUUCAUUUUCAUCGUCAGACAUAUUGAAAUGGGCCUUCUAGACCCUUUGAGCCUUUAGAAAGCACAGCAAGACUUCAGCACAAGGAAGUGGGCGCUUCUCCAACCUGCCCGUGCCACUGCCCGUUGUCAGUUUCUGAGCUCCGGGUAGAAUUACGUCUGGAAGUCAUCUGGAAGGCCUCUUUCACUGUAUAACAUCCUAUUUCUGAUACUCUGUAAAGAAGAUGUGAU